AUGCAUUUCUACGAGCACACAGUCUCAGUGUCCCCACCGUGGUCCUUAGGCCCCUUCACCCCCAUCCACAUGAAGAUCCUGAACACCAGCGCAGGCCAACAGCGUCCGGCAUGGACCAAGGCCCUCCUUAGGAACCUGAGCCUCUCGAGUUUAGGAACGAGUGUUUCCCACUUAAGGUCCUACAUUCCUGCCAUGGACACCCCUGGGAGCAAAGCCCUCCUCCCCCCCCGAACCCCCCCCCCCAGGCCACCUGAGCCCCACAGGAGCACCCUUGUGGAGCUAUUCUUGGUGUGCGCGCAGCAGACCACACCGGAUGGCCUGGGAGAGGCUGCGGCGGGGGCGGCUUUCCCUAGUACCAGGCUGGCGGCCCGCCCCGCGCUCCUGCGUAAACACGCGGUUCCCGCGGCAACGCCCGGAGCCCACGUCAAAGGCUCCGCAGGUCCGGGGCGAGCGCCCUGCACCCCUGCGGCCGGCGGCCGGUGCCCCGACGAUCUGCCGCGCCCGGGUGCGGGAUGCACAGGCCAGGGCAUGGCCUCGCCGCGCCCCGGCGCCCCCUCCGUGCCCGGCGGGACGCCCCCCGCGCUCUGGCUUAGCUCCGCGGCGGCGGCGCUGGGGAACCGCAGCGAGGAGGCAGGCAGCGGCGGGCCCGGGGCGGCGCUGGCAGCGCAGGCGCUCGUGCUGCUGCUCAUCUUCCUGCUGUCUAGCCUGGGCAACGGCGCCGUAGUGGGCGCGAUCGUCAAGCACCGGCCGCUGCGCACGGUCACCAACGCUUUCGUGCUGUCACUGGCGCUGUCAGACCUGCUCAUCGCGCUGCUCUGCCUGCCCGCCGCCUUCCUGGACCUGCUGGCGCCCCCCGGGGUCCCGGGGCUGUGGCGCGGCUUCUGCGCCGCCAGCCGCUUCUUCGGCUCGUGCGGCGGCAUCGUGUCGUCGCUCAGCGUGGCGCUCAUCUCGCUGGACCGCUACUGCGCCAUCGCGCGGCCGCCGCGAGACAAGCUGGGCCGCCGCCGCGCGCUGCAGCUGCUGGCGGGCGCCUGGCUGGCGGCGCUCGGCUUCUCGCUGCCCUGGGAGCUGCUGCUCCCCGCGCCCCGCGGGCCCCCCGCCGCGGCGCAGAGCUUCCACGGCUGCCUCUACCGCACCUCCCCCGACCCUGCGCAGCUGGGCGCGGCCUUCAGCGUGGCGCUGGUGGUGGCCUGCUACCUGCUGCCUUUCCUGCUCAUGUGCUUCUGCCACUUCCACAUCUGCAGGGCCGUGCGCCUGUGUGACGUGCGCGUGCGGCCCGUGACCACCCACGCGCGCGCGCUGCGCUUCUUCCGCGAGGUGCGCACCGCCACCACCGUGCUCCUCAUGAUCGUCUUCGUCAUCGGCUGCUGGGGCCCCCACUGCCUCCUUGUGCUGCUGGCCGCCGCCCGGCAGGCGCAGGCCGGCCGCGCCCCCUCGCUGCUCGACGUGCUGGCCGUGUGGCUGACCUGGGCCAACGGGGCCAUCCACCCGCUCAUCUACGCCAUCCGCAACCCCAACCUCUCCAUGCUGCUGGGGCGCAGCCGCGAGGAGGGGUACCGGACUAGGAACCCGGGCGCAUUCCUGGCCGGCCAGAGCCCAGUUCUGCAGCUGAGGAGUCGCAGUCGCUUUCGGAACCGCUGCACGGGCCGGCUCAGGGCCUGCAGCAGGAUGGCCUCCUCCGACCCAGCCAGCGGUGCGGGAGGAGACCUGGCCAUGUGGGCCCGCAAAAACCCGGUUGUGCUUUUCUGCCGGGAGGGACCAGCGGAGCCUGGGACAGCAGUGGCUAAGCAGCCUAAAUCCGAGGUCCGAGAUACCAGCCUCUGAGGGCCAGCUUCGGAAGGCUCGUACAGGAUUCCUCAGAGACUCGAUUUCACAG